AUGCCACCAAAAGUGUCUCCUAAUAAGCCUUUAGGUGAACGCCUGCUUCCUCUUGUCAAAAACACUCAAUUCUUUUGGUUUUUGGGACAGUUUGCUGUCGUCUUGUUUAGCACUAUUUAUACGUUGCAAGUGGUUCCCUUCCGUCAAGGUUCAUCAUGCAUUUUCAGGACUGGCAUCGCAGGAGCCGUCUUGGCAUACUCCAUUGUCCUUUACAAGGUUUAUGGCUCUAGCAUCCUUUCUCGUUCCUCUUGGAACACCCCAUUUGUACGCCGUAUAAUGACUGAUGAUAAUGUCUUGUACUUUGGUUUGGCUUUAUCCUUGUUUAUGAACCGCCCUGUCUUAUUUGCACUUACACCCUAUGCUAUUUAUGCCACGUUCCAUAUCUCCACCUACAUGCGCAGCAACCUUUUGCCGGCUGUUUCUCCCUCUGUCACAAGCGGCACCGAACCCAAGAAUUAUUUCUAUAAAUUUUCCCAAUUGCUCAACAAGUACACUCGUACUCAAUUCCAACCAGCUAUGAAGCUUGUAGCCAACAUUGAAGCCUUCCUCUUCUUCCGUUACUUCUUUGGCUUCUUCCUACGCUUGAAUACCUUUUCCCAAUUCAUUUUCUAUGCCUUCUUCCUUCGUAUGCGUUACAACAGCAGCCACUUUACUCGUGCAUCCUUCCGAGAGAUUGGCCUUCGUAUGGACCGUGCUGUCGCCGACCACCGCGUUCCUCCUCAAGCAAGAAACGCAUGGGCCCAGACAAAGCACUUCCUUUCUAGAUUCGGCAAUGUACCUGUUGCUCAAUCUCCUACUUCCAGUGCUCGUCCUACCUCUGCGUCCACUUAA